AUGCUAGGGAACGGUGUCGAUGAUUACGAUAGAAGCACUCACCACAACAAAUCACGCAAUUUCUUCAACAGCCUCUCCUCUUCGCACUCGUACGCCAGGAUGGACGACUUUCGGGGCCCAGCCCCUCGCCGCCAGAAGGGCACGCCGCUCCUGCUGCUGUCCUCGUAUGUCUUUGACUGGAUCAUCCUGCUCGUUGUCGGAGCAAUCGGGCUCUGGCUCGGCAAGAUGAAGCCAAACAUGCGCCCGUUCCAGCUGGAAAGCCCUCACAUAUCAUUCCCUUUUACCGAGAAGGAAACCGUACCAAUGGUCACAGCCGGCAUCGUUAACACCCUUGGCCCCAUCGUCAUAAUCACCAUCAUCUCCCUGGUGAUGGUACCCGGAUCGACCGUGCCUCCAGGAACGCCAAAGGGGCUGAUUUGGAGGAGGAAACUCUGGGAGCUUCACCAGGGCCUGCUUGGCCUGGCUCUGUCGUGUUGCGGCGCCUGGUUUGUUACCAAUGGCAUGAAGAACAUGUUCGGCCGACCGCGCCCCGACAUGCUGUCCCGCUGCAUGCCCGAUCUCGAGAACGUCGCCAUGUACGUCGUUGGCGGCAUUGCCAACACCACCAGCAACGGCCAGCUGGUCAGCGCCAAUAUCUGCACCAACGCAAACGCCGCCAAGUUGGAGGAUGGGUUCCGCUCCUUCCCCAGCGGCCACAGCUCGUCUUCGUCGGCAGGCCUGCUGUACCUGUCGCUCUUCAUUGCGUCCAAGUUUGCCAUCACCAUCCCCUUCCUAGCCCCCGCGAGCUACGCCAACGCCGCCGGCUUCAGCGCAUUUCCGUCGCGCCUGCGCCGAUCUAACACACCGUCGAGCGACAUGUACGAGCUGGUCGAUCGGAGACAGGUUGUUCCCCAGACUGACGGAACCACCAGUGGCGCCAUGGCCGGAGAGGAGCUCUCGAGGCCCGGCGACCCGCAGGCUGCUAAGCGCAUCGCCUCGCACACGCGUGCCGUCGCUGCCGUUCGCCUGUCUGCCGCCGCCCCGCCCCUCUAUCUUCUGUUGAUCGCCUGUCUCCCCACCUUCGUUGCCAUCUUCAUCUCGAGUUCGCGCUGGUUCGACUUCCGCCACCACGCCUUCGACAUUAUGUUUGGGUUCGUCAUCGGUGUUAUCACUGCCGUCUUCGCCUUCCGUUACUACCAUCUGCCCAUCUCCCAAGGCGCCGGCUGGGCUUGGGGUCCUCGCAGCAACGACAAGGCCUACUGGGCCGGAAUCGGCAGCUACAGCUACGCCACCAACAGGGACGACUGGUCACGCACAGGCGACGAGGAGGAGGCUGUCGGCUCCCACCCCAGCCUUGCUGCCGUGAACACCGACUACGACAGCGUCAGGCGGACCCACAUGGGCAGCAGGAGCGGCACCGGUACAGGCAGCACCAUUGGUGCCAUGAAGCGAGGCGAGAACAGCAGCAUGGCCUCCCGCGCGUCGCCGCCACCAGCAAAUCACAUGGACGGCGACAACAGGAUCUAA